GGGCGGCGGGUCAGGGCAGGCGAGCGCGCGCGCGUGCGCUCCGGGAGCGAGGGAUCGGUCGGGAUGUCGACGCCGGCGAGGAAGCGCCUGAUGCGCGACUUCAAGCGGCUCCAGCAGGACCCGCCCGCCGGAAUCAGCGGCGCGCCGCACGACAACAACAUCACCCUUUGGAACGCCGUCAUAUUUGGGCCCGAUGACACGCCGUGGGAUGGAGGUACGUUCAAGCUGACCCUGCAAUUCACAGAAGAUUACCCCAACAAGCCACCAACUGUUCGUUUUGUCUCAAGGAUGUUCCACCCAAACAUUUAUGCAGAUGGAAGCAUCUGCUUGGAUAUCCUACAGAACCAGUGGAGCCCUAUAUAUGAUGUUGCAGCAAUAUUGACCUCUAUCCAGUCCCUGCUGUGCGACCCGAACCCGAAUUCUCCUGCGAACUCUGAAGCAGCCAGAAUGUACAGCGAGAACAAGCGCGAGUACAACCGCAAGGUUCGUGAGGUCGUGGAGCAGAGCUGGACAGCGGACUAGCGUCGCCAGAUCCUGCAAUAAGCAAUGCCCGGAACGUCUCCAUUUCUGGCUUUGCUGGUCUGUACCACCGAAUUAAAACAUUGAAAAACCCCAUGGCCGUUGUGUCCCUGUGCUUGAUCUCCUCUUGUUUUUUCGGUGCUUGUGACCUGUUUGGUGAACUAAGGCAUGUUAUAGCCAUUGUAAAGAUUUUAUGUUAUAGCUAAGAAGUUGGUGCUGCUUGCGAGUCUUUAAA